CAGGUGCCGGCGAACAGGAGUCGGUAGUCGUGGGAUCACUACGGAGUCGUGGACAUCCUGUAUGUUAAAUCAGGCAGAGUGGCGACUUCUAAUCCCCGUCUCAGAGUAACUCGAGUUCGACUGCGCUUGUUCCAACCGUGAGCGUUGCAAUGGAGAAGUCGAGUGAGUGAACAGGCACAGCUUGGCACCUCAAACUGCUUAUGAUCAUCUCCGCCCACCGUGUAAUAGCGGCAGGCAGGGGGAGGUGGCAUGAGGGGGGACAGCGAUGAAGACCGGGGCUCCCCCGAGGGUCUUGGGGCUGCCCACAUCCCCCCCACCAUCUACGUCAUCAAGUUCCACAAGAACGCCAGGCGGGAGGCCGUCGAGUUUCUGCUGGAGAGGAUAGAGAGCAAGCACAAGUAUGGAGGAGCCGAACUCUUCAUCAGAUGUGAGCCGCAGAAGCCUGGCCAGGGAUUGGUUGUCCACGUCUCUGCUACUAAAAUUAAGCUUCUUGAGAUCGCGGAGGCAACUGAGCUUCAGAAGGCAACCGCAGACGGUCUUAUUCAGGAGCUUAGUGUCCGAGAACUGGACCAGUUCCUGCACGGAGGUCUAACACUGGACACAAUCCUGACCCCCGCCGAGAAGGAGUUUUGCGUGCGCCAUGAACUGGACGCCAUCGUCGCCAGGGACGAGCGUAAUGUGCCUGGCUAUCCUGCCUUCAGCCUCUUCCCUGGACAGUCUAUUGUGGAUUUUUAUAUAUCGGAAGACAUCAUCGAGUCCAUGUUCCCUCUACACGAGCGCCAUCACCUGGAGCUCGUCUCCGCCUCCUGGUACAAGGCGGUCUUCUUUGCCAGUGCUGUGGACAGAAUACGUGAUUAUUUCGGUGAGGGUAUAGCUAUGUACUUCAGCUUCCUGAGCUUCUACACGAUGCUGCUGCUGGUGCCUGCUGUACUCGGACUCGCGCAGUUCGUGGUUGACAACGACAGCUUCUCGGAGUACACGUUCUACGCGGUGUUCAACCUCAUCUGGGUUACAGUCUUCUUGGAGGUGUGGAAGCGACACUGCUGCGGCCUAGCGUACAGAUGGGGGACGCUGGAGAGAGAACUGGGGGACAAAGCUCGUCGGAACCACAGAGGGGACCUCAGACGUAACCCUGUCACUGACACGCUCGAGCCCUUCUACCCGCCAUGGAAGACCAAGGCUAAGCUGUACCUAGUGUCGCUGCCCAGCGUGGGGCUGUGCGUGUUGGCGGCUCUGUACCUUAUGGUGCUGGCGUUCUGGGCCGAGGAACACGUCUUGGACUGGAAGAAGCACUACGGCUCCGUGGCCGCCAUAUUGCUUAAUGUGCCAUCAGCAAUAUAUGCUGUUGUCGUCUGGUUCCUGAACUUUUAUUAUAAAAAACUGGCUGUCUUCCUCACGGAAUGGGAAAACCAUCGGACGCAGCUGGAACAUGACUGGCACCGGAUGGCCAAGCUCGUCGUCUUCGAAUUUGUUAACAAUUUUUCGUCGCUUUUCUACAUCGCCUUUUAUAUUCAGGACCUCGACAUGCUUCGCUCCCAAGUUGCGACGAUGCUCAUCGUCACGCAGAUGAUCAACCACUUCCAAGAGGCGCUGCUGCCCCUGGUCGUCAAGAAGGCGUACCUGAAGAUAUCUGCGAAGGUGGUGCAAGAAGUGCGGGCGCACAAGACCCUGGGGACAUACUUCACGCCCCCCGCGAGGCCCGUCCACGAGGACGCCGUCGAGGAGCAGCCCAUCCCCGUGCUAUCCUUGGACGUCAAGGACCCCAGGAUUACCCAAGCCCGGGAGGAGGGCGAGCUCGACGUAUAUGAGGACACCUACGACGACUACCUGGAGCUGUUCCUGCAGUUCGGUUACGUGUUCCUGUUCUCAUCCGUGUACCCGAUGGCCGCGUUCUGGGCGCUGCUCAACAACGUGCUCGAGCUCAAGACGGACGCCUUCAAGCUGUGCCGGGUCUUCCGGCGACCUCGCGUCAAGAAAGUCCCAAACAUUGGCGUGUGGCAGAAUUGCUUCGAGCUGCUGGGCUACAUCGCCGUGGGCACCAACUGCGCACUAUUGUGUCUGUCACCCAAACUGCGUCAGUUGGUACCCACCGUGUCGGAUGUGGAGUGGGUGUUGAUAUUCGUGAUGAGUGAGCACCUCAUCCUUGUGGCGAAGAUGGCGUUAAUGUGGCUUAUGCCUGAUCAGCCACUGUGGGUGAGGGAGGCUCUCGAUAAAGUGGCAUACCAGUCCAAGAUGGCGCUCAGGAGCGAGCGCGGCAAACGGACGCGGCGACAUCUGUCCCGCCGGUUCCGCAGCGUCCACGGGGUCCCGCGGUCUGGGUCUCGGUCUCGCGGCACCACUCCGGUCGAGAGCAACGCUGUCAACGGCGCCAUCAGACGACGCGGCAACAGCGAGAACUACUAGACUUGUUGACAUCUGUAGUCGCCAUAUCAGGGUGGAGUUUUGGAGAAGAUGGUUCGUUCAUAAAAGUUCAAUCAAGACAUGGUAAAUUGAUCAGUUCUGAAAUAUCAGCUGAGUUACGAAAGAAAAUACUUAAUGCAUUUCGAUCCAAUAUGGUAUGUGUAUUUAUUUAUAUAUUUCAUCACUAGAAUUACACCUUGAAAUUUAUUUCCGCUGCCACUUUAUUUGGUCGACUUUUGGGGUAGAAAAUGGAUGGAUCAUCGUCCUGAAAAAAAAAAAAACAGUUGGUCAUCAGACAAUUAAUGAUGACGAACUUCCUUACCCAAGCUACGAGCAGAGAGCGGACGUAGCACUCAUAUUUGUUCUUAUCGGGUCAUGAAGGGUCUGGAUGACCCACAUAAAGGCAAGAAGUGCAUCGCCAUCUGGACAAAGUCUCGCUCACUUUCUGAGUGCAAGCAACAACGAGGCUGUGAAAUAUUGCCUCAUAAAUAAUCAAUACGCAUUAAUUUAGGAUAGGGUUUUAAUUCACUCAAAUAUAGGGAGAGAGGUAACACUCUUUUGUGUCAAUUGCGUAACAAAUUAAAUAAUUUGCGACUCAUCUUUAAACACACACAAUUUUUCGCCCCUCCCAAAAAGGUAUAUUAAUAGAGAAAAAACCGACACCCAGUCAAAAAUUUAUUUUCCAACGGUUAUGUUCUGUAUUAUUCGUUCCGAUUCCUAUGUUCAUAUUAAUGCCUCAAAAAUGGAAACUGAAAAUAGAGUUGCUAAAAGGCUUUCGUGUCAUUGUAUAAUUUGUCGUGCAUCCCUUAAGUGUUCAGAAACUGAAACAAAAUUAUUCAUUAAAUCGAGGAACGAAAAUUAAUUAUCAUUAUUCUCAUAUGAUCAGAGACGUGAUCAAUUUGUAUGUCCGUCAUUUGUCACGGUAAAAGCAUGUAGUUAUCUUUCAAUAAUGCUAGUAGUUAAUUACAACUGUUAAAGUGGAAGCUCUUCGAUUGGGUUUGAAAGUGCAUUGCUCUUUAAUUUGUUAUUAAUUCCAACGCUUUUCACUUGAGUCAAAAAAUACUUGAGUAUAGGAAAAACUGCACAAUUAUUAAGUAAAAGUUGUUCCCGCGAUUUCCAGUGAGUAGCUCAGUGGUUACCAACCUGAUUCAUGGCACCCAAACCCGCUUCAAUUAACCCCGUAUAUUGAAGUAAUUGUAGAAAAGAAGCAGAGACACAAUUAGUAUUAUAAUUAAACCAAAUUAUUUGUGAUAAACAUAUUAGCUGCAUAUAAAGAUCAAGAGCCGUUUAAUUUUAUUUACCCAGUAAUGAUUGAUAUGUAAAAGUAUUUGCUAUGAUCAAAAUCAGUGCUUUUUCCAUAAUAGAAAUGUUCUGUUCAUGUCAGGUUGGGUACCACGAAUAAGGGUAAAUGCCGCAAAAGUUUGGCGACCACCGGUGUAGAGGGUAACAUAUUAAGGAUUAUUAUUCAUUAUUUGUUAUAAGAGGACUCAUUUUGCUCUUGUGAAUGACCACAACAAAUUGUCAAGGCAUAUAUAGGGUCGGCCGUUGCAGCUGUAUAUGUUAUCUUUUUGUAUAUAUUUCAGUACAGUUGGUAUCAGAUGAUUUAUCUCUAUAAUAGAAGAGUAUUUGUGAGAACCCAAAUUGAAUCGUGCCGUCCUGAACGAUUGUUCGGUCGUUAAAAAAUUGUUAGGAGAACUUCAUGUUAUGAAUGGAUGUAAUUAAAGAUUAUUGUGUGUGGCACUUGAAAAUCCGUUUUAUGGGAUCCAUAUCAUAAUUAAAUUCACUUCCCAACAAUGUUCUUGGUUGUCAUGAUCAUGAACGAUUAUGUAAGAUAGUCGAGUACGAUUAAUGCUAACGAACUCUUUACGCAAAAAAAAUUUGCAUAUAGAUGAGACAAUUGUUUAAAAUACGCGCCAUGUGAAAACAAUGCUCUAUGAACAUUAUUGUGUGCAUAUUUCCCUAUGCCCUUGUGCAAGUUUGUUCCACGCAAAAAUGCUGGUGUUCCUUACAUGUAAAUCACUCGGAUUUGGACUUUACCGGCACGGAAGUAGUUGCUUUUUUGCUAUUCAGGACCACUUUUUGGUCAUCUGAAACCCUAACCGUUCAUGUGAAACAAAUAUGUGAUAUAAACUUAUCGCGUUUAGGUACAAAAAAUUACAAUCAGAUGACAUGUGCUCACUGGAGUACUGAACCUGUUCUUGUGUUCAUAGCGAAUUUUCGUGUUUUUUUCGACGUUCUACAACGGUUCUACCACCAUUUGUUAAAUCGAUACAACUGUUUUUGUUUCACAAGAAUAAUACAACAGUUCUUUUUGUGCAUAAACUUCGAUUGAAUCUUGCUUGCAGUGUCCGGUGCCAGUGUUAAUCCUUGUUGCAGUGUCCGGCGUCAGUGUGAAUCCUUGUUGCAGUGUCAGGCGUCAGUAUGAAUCCUUGUUUCAGUGUCCGGUGUCAGUGUGAAUCCUUGCUUGCAGUGUCCGGUGCCAGUGUUAAUCCUUGUUGCAGUGUCCGGCGUCAGUGUGAAUCCUUGCUUGCAGUGUCCGGCGUCAGUGUGAAUCCUUGCUUGCAGUGUCCGGCGUCAGUGUGAAUCCUUGCUUGCAGUGUCCGGUGUCAGUGUGAAUAGUAGAAGCCAUGGCGCUGUCUCAGUCAGGUAAAAUCUGUAGAGCAGUCGCAUGUGAUAGUCAACGAUCGUUAUUAAAUCUUUCAGUAAACUUUGGAAAAUAA